AUGCACGGGCUGGAAUUGGCACUGAAAAAAACCGAGGCCAUAGUUUUUACUAACAAAAACAAGAGAAACAUAAUGACAGUUGAGUACACGCAGCACGCAUUCCCAUCAAGUCGAUGCGUAAAAUAUCUCGGUGUGUACUUCGAUUCGAGAUUGCACUUCCAGGAGGAUGCUAUGCAGGCGGCGAAACGUGCGGCUGAAGCAAGACGAUGUCUCACGCAAAUAUUGCCGAAUCUCAGAGGCGCAAAACAGAGGACGAGGAGAGUUCUCGCCACAGUGGUGACCUCAAGACUUCUGUACGGAGCACCCAUAUGGUCAACGAGCAUCACGGUCAAAGCACUUGGUAUCAUGGAAGCAGCUUACAGGAGAAUCAUGCUUAGGGUGGCAUGUUGCUACAGGACUACGUCAUACACAGCAGCAGCGGUAGUGGCAAGCCACUCUGGCUCUCUUGGCAGAAGAAAGAUCCGACAUCUACAACGGAAAAGAGAAGAAAGCUGCCAGAGAGGCAAUGCUGUGCAAAUGGCAGCGCAGCUGGGAAUCGCCGUCCGAGAAAGGUAG